AUGGCGUCCCAUACACCCUCGGAAUCUGAGAUUCUCACAUCAUACCUCCUUCACCCAUCCCCUCUCUCCACGAUCUUGCCGUACAAGUCCUUCCUAGCACUCCUUCCCCCCAGUGCAGCGUCCUUCGCACGCCAACACCCGACCGAGCUGAAGCGUCUGUACCGGGAUCUGCAAUUCCAGAGGGCCAUCGUCAUUGACGAGGUGCGACAACGCAUCGAAAAUGAGUGUCACCGCAGCGUCGCACUUACGGCGAUGUUGGGGCGGCAAAUCCGCCGGGAGGAGGGGACGAAGAAGCCGUCCAGGAAGAGGAAGAGGGCGGACAGUCGCCUGGAAGACGGUGAUGGCGAGAACCCCCCUCAGGCAGCAGACGACGAUAGUUCCGACGACGGCGCCGGGGAACAGGAAACGCGGUUCGACACGGCACUCCACAGCGGGCAGGCCCUGGGGAAUACCCUGCCCACGGCGAGCGUCAAGCACAACCACACCACGACGACGCUCCUCCCCGCAAUGACCACCGCCAGAAGGGAGCUGUCUUGCGAGAUCGCAGAUCUAAAGGACGAGAUCGAGACACUGCGCGCGCAGAGCAAGGACGUGGUCGGCAGCCUGAGUGACCUGCGAUACGGACGCUUCGCCCCUGUGACCGGAAGAGCCAGCGGAGACAAGAAGAGCGGCACCAACGCCAUCACCACCACCAGCGCAAACACAGAGGAUGAGAUGAACAACGAGCUCGAAGCAGUUGUUAUAGAUACAUUGAAGGGGUUUGUAGACCUCAUGGAGGGCGCUCUGUCGGAUGGGGUAUUCAACCCUGAAUACGAACAGGCCAGGAAUGAAUUGGAAGAGGUCAGCGAUUGA